UACAGUCAUAAAAAUAAACUAUAUAGAUGCCUAUAGAAAUUAUGUGCAGUUUCACGUAUAGGUGGAAUUAAAUAAAAUUUAAUAGUGGUAUUUUAGCAGAUACUUCAUCACACAUAUAUACAAUGGAAGUUACUACAGAAGAGGCAAUUAUGGAAGUUACAACAUCAAAAAAUAAUGAAAAUAAUCAAAAUCAGCGUACAUUGGAUUGCGGAACAAUUUCUUGUCCACAACGCGAGAAUCAAAAUUGGGAGCCACUGUACACAAAGUCAACAGAAUUAAAUCACAGUAUUAUGUCUUGUGGGAUGCCAGAUGAUAGUCAUUGCAGUGAUACUAUGGAUGGAGAAAAUAUAACUGACAAAGAUGCUUUACACAAUGGUUCAUAUCUAGUGGGAACACCAGAACAUAAUAUAGAUAUGAAUACUACUUCUGAUGAUUUACGACAAUUUGAUGUGCUGGAUGAUCUAGAUCGUCAUCCAGAACAGAAUGAUGGUUCUGAUGAUGAUUCAGAUACAGAUGAGAGUAUGGAUUCUGAUGUGCCAGAUGAAGAAAUUGAAGCAAUGCUAGAAGAAGGCUUACCCGAGGAAUUUAAAGGAAAAAGGAGAGACAAAAAAGAUAGUUUACCCUAUGAGGAAAAGGAAAAACUCGUUUUAGAUGAAAUUGGACAUAAUCAUUUUGAUGUUCUUCCUGAGGGUUGGGUACAAGUGACGCACAAUAGUGGAAUGCCAUUAUAUCUUCAUAAACAAAGCAGAGUUUGUACUCUAGCAAAACCGUAUUUUCUCGGUCCAGGCAGCGUUAGAAAGCACGAAGUUCCUGUAAGUGCCAUACCUUGCCUUCAGUACAAAAGAGCAUUAAUAGAAGAAGAAGAGGAGCAAAAGAAAGAAAUGGAACGUGCACCAAAUGCUGAAACUUGUAGUCUUCCUAGUGCAAAAAUUGAAACUAUACAAGAGAAUCGUGCGGCUCAUUCGUUAGAUAGUGAGCAAUUGAGAAAUUAUUGCCAAUCUUUGUUUCGUUUCAAAUCUAUUAAAGUAAUGAGAUUUCAAUCUUGGUCAGCGCGUCGGAAAUUUACGAAGAAUAAAAAACACCGUAAGCAACUUGAGCGUCCAACUUUACCAGAUGGUACAAAAUUAAUCACUUUCCCUGUCAAUAGUUCCAGUACAGCUGGCAAUGGAAGUACUGCUGGAGAUGAUAAUGGACAGAGACCUGCAAAGCAUUGGAUAAUGAAUCCAUCCGGCAAAAGUUAUGUCUGUAUUCUUCACGAAUAUGUACAACACGCGCUAAAGAAACAACCGACAUAUAAAUUUAAAGAAUUAGAAAACGCGGCGACACCGUAUUCCGCGGUAGUUUGUAUCAAUGACAUGGAAUACGGAAGCGGAUUCGGUAGCAGUAAGAAACAAGCAAAAGCUAACGCAGCUCGGAAAACGCUUGAAAUCUUAAUUCCUCAAAUGAAGGAUAAAAUUUCCGGGGAUAGCAGUGGAGAUACCGGAUCAAAUAACGCUAGUCGUACGAUAAAAGCAUCUAGAGGGAAUUCCGACGCGGAUCUCUCAUUUUUCGACGAAAUAUCUAUCACGGAUCCACGUGUCGCGGAAUUCUGUGCGAAAACAACAGAGCCUUCACCGCAUGCUAUUUUGAUAACUUGUCUUCAAAGAAACUAUGGUUUGGGAGACAUGCACAUUAAUUAUUCAGUUAAUACAUUGAAGCAUCAACGGAAUGAAUUUACAAUGACAGUUGGAAAACAUGAAGCUACCGUCGUUUGUCGUAAUAAGAAAGAUGGUAAACAGCGAGCGGCGCAAGCGAUACUACAGCUUAUACAUCCGCAUAUACAGUCUUGGGGUUCCUUGUUGCGUCUUUAUGGAUCACGAAGUGUAAAGUCUUUUAAGGAAAAGAAACAAUUGGAGCAAGAAAUAACUCUCCUACAGGGUAAAGCCGCUGUUAAUCAACCAAAUCACGCUAUUUUAGAUAAACUUAGACAAGAAAUGAAAAAGUUAGCUGAACAACGCGAAGCAAUACAACCUAUUGGUAAGUUUGUACCACCAGAUUUACCAACAGGAUCCGCAGCUAAUUUGAAUAAUGUAGAUUUAUAAGGAAUUAAUAUUAAUAUUAUUUUAAUAUUAUUUCCAUUGGCAUAGAUAGGUGGGAAUAUUAUUAUUAUUUAGUAGAGGAAUCUUGAGAGAUGUGAUCUGGCAUUGUGCUUAUCAGUGUCAUUUCUUAUGGAAGCUAGCACGCGAAUAUCUCAUUUGAUCAGUGAGCGACUUUUCAGAGGUCCUCCGUGGCAAUUGACUUUUGCAUUCAUCAAAGGAGAUCCCAACAUAUCCUCACAUAUCAUGUGUUAAAAAGUGAAGUCUGGAUAACUCGAUUUAGAGCAGUUGCCCGAAAAGCGAAAGAUUCGGAUUCUAUUUCGGAUCCAGUCACUUGUGCCUCACAUUUUUCUAGUCUACGAAUAUUGUUUCCCAGCAAUUAUUUGUUGAACUGAAAAAUGUGUGUGUGCUCUAUACACAGGAUAUACAUGGAUCUCGUUGUCACAGAUGGAUUCUGUUUGUUGAUCAAAUGAGCAUAUAGUAACGCCUGAUCUCCUCCCUUAUACACAUCCCUAUCUUUCUCCCCAUAAGAGAGAGAGAAAGAGAGAUUUGUGUAGAACAAUGAAUA